AUGUUGUGGCAGUUAUCAAUCGCCGCGGCAGCAGGCUCUCUUACGUGGGCAUGGUUCUCCACCCAAAUUCAAACGACAGUCGUGAAUAUCAAGGCACUACCUCCGCAAUCCGUGUAUAUCACGUCCUCCGUGAUUGGUAGAGACGGAGCCUUCCGCGGAAAUGCAUGGGAGCACUUCAAUCCAACAGACACACAGCCGCCUUUCUUUCAAGUGUUUCAUCCAGCGUUCCUGGACGUGCUGGGCUCAAGCCCGUCUAUCCGCGCAAUCUCGACCAGUCCUGGAUUCGCAUUCGCACAUGAGGCACCAGUUUGGGCUCCGGAGACGGAUGAGGUCUUCUUCUGCAGCAACGCCGGCGGAUAUCUUGGUUUCAACGACUGGGACACGAACAAUCAAGUGGCUAAAAUCAGCAUGAAGCAAGUGCGGGGGACGAUUGCGGCGUCAGGCAGUAGUGUCGCCCCUGUGAACGUGUCUGCUACCAAAGUACAGGAUGCUCACUUCGAAGUAGCCUUGCUUGAUCUUGCCGAUACCGUUCAAAUGACUAACGGUGGCACUGGUCCAUUCCGUUCUUCCUUGUUGUUGAUCAACUCUGGGAGGGCUCAUCUACCGCCUUCCCUGACUCUUGUGAAUCCUCUCCCGCCAUAUAACGUCACAACCCUGCUCGACAAUUACUAUGGGAGGCAAUUCAACUCGCUCAACGACGUCAAGAUCCAUCCGAGGAGCAAGGCAAUCUUUUUCACGGAUGUAACGUACGGGUUUUACAAUCACUUCCGUCCGCCACCCCUACUGCCCAAUCAAGUGUACCGCUUCGAUCCUGAUAUGGGAAGCGUUCGCGUCGUCGCAGACGGUUUCAAUAGAUGCAAUGGCCUGGCGUUCACAAGAGAUGGGAAUGUUGCAUACGUCGCUGACUCCGGCGCCGCCGGUGGGUUUCUGGGCAAGAACCAAACACAUCCGGCUACGAUAUACGCUUUUGAUGUCGAUCCCAAAAGUCAAGUCUACCUCAACCGACGUGUUUUCGCGUAUAUCGAUACCGGCGUGCCCGACGGAAUACAAGUGGACAAUGCAGGGAAUGUGUACGCCGCAUGUGGAGAUGGCGUACAUGUAUGGAACCAGGAAGGCACGCUCAUCGGGAAGUUCCUCCUUGGUGCCGAGUCCGCCAAUAUGGUCUUCGCCAAAAAGGGAGAGCUGAUAAUACUGGCGGAAACAGGUCCCUGGCCUGUGCCUGUCCGCCUUAUCUACAUCUGUCUGAGGCCAUUGACGGCCAGUCAGUCGGAUGUUCCUACGGAUCACUCCCUGACGCACGAUGCUCUGUCAAUCAUGAGUACCCCCUUCAGGGUCGAGAGCCCAUACACAGAGGGACCGGACUUUCUUCUGCAUAUCUUGGUCGCGUCGCGAUCAUUUACCAAGGCCCACAUCAACUGGAAAGCGCUGAAAGAGGGCACUGCAAUUUACCUUUGUUCCACCCGCCAGCCUAUGCAGCGGCACACCUCACCAGUAGACCGGCUGCCUGACGAAAUACUUUCGUACGUCCUCGCCCUCGGUGCCUUCAUUGAUGAGGACGACAGACCAAAGCCUGAAGCCCAUGAACACAUAUCUUCGUGCACGCAGGUGUCGUACGGGUAUUCCGUCUUCGUAGCCGCCGUCAGCAAACACUGGCGCCGUGUUGCAUUGUCUACGUCCGAGCUAUGGAGCCGAAUCUAUAUGACCACCGAUGAUGCUAUUGAGGAAUCCGCCACCGACGAAGAUAGUUUCUACUGCGCGCGUCUAUUUUUGUCGCGCUCAGGCAACUACGCUCUCGAUAUAUUCAUCGACGCUCGUGAUCCGGACUGGGACUUUUCGGAAUUCGACUGCUCGUCAGCAGGUAGUACUCCCUUGAUUGACUAUGACCCCGAGAGCGACUACCGGCACCCGUUCUCGUUGGCGCACAUGCGGGUCGCGCUGGAAAUUGUCCGCCCCUACCUUCACCGAGCGCGCUCCCUUGUGGUCCUGACAGACCGCUGGGCGCCCAUGCACCUAGCGCUGAACGUCUUCUCUGCAGGCACUCCCAACGGAAAACGCGGUGAUGUUGAGCCCCCUAGGGCGCCGCUCCUCCAAAGCCUGAUCUUGAUGCGCUGCAACGAGUUCGUGAGCUACGCGCCCUACUUCAUUCCAGAAGAGCUCGCCGGGCGCGCGUUCCUGCCCUUCGGCUGCGCAGAGCCCGGAGUGGCGCUCCCGCGCCUGAAGCAACUCACGCUGGCUGGUGUGCACGUCGACUGGUUCACGUUCAUCCCGCGGCUGCCGUCCCUGUCUCUAAAGUCGCUUCAAUUGACAUACCACUGCGCGGCGGUCCGUCCGAGCGUCUCGGAGUUCCGACAGCUGCUCGACCGGUGUGCGAUGCUGGAGCAGUUGACCAUCAAAGUGUCCGGGCCCGCCAACUUGUCGGAAGGCCAUGCACUCGAACCCCUGCCGCUCCCGCGACUCCGGAAGCUGACUCUGGGAUUCGAAAGCCCCGGCGCGGCGAUUGACCUCCUGCGCAUGAUCGAGGCGCCGGACCUGCGCGAGCUCGGGCUGCAAGACGCGAGAGACCCGGCCGGGCUGGACGAGCAGCCCGCGGACCCGCUGCUCGCAUACUGUGCGCGGCAGUCCGCCCACAUCCCCGUCGGCGGCUUCCGCCUGCACGAGCUCGCCCUGUACCCCGUGUUCCCGCACCUCACCGCGAUGUCCCUCAACGAAGUCGGCGCGUCGGAGCACGCGUUCCAGCUGCUCUUCGCGUCCGCGCCGCGGCUGCACUCGCUGAUGCUCAUCAACACGCCCGCGGCGGCGACGCGCGCGCUGCGCCCGGGCCGGCCGUGCGACGCCCCGUUCUGCGUGUGCCCGCAGCUGGACCGGCUGGUCGUGCGCGGGUUCGAGACGGCGAUGGACCCCGCGCUGAUGGGUGUGCUGGGCGAGCGGGCGGAGUACGGCGCGACGGUGCGCGACGUGCAGAUGCAGCCGGUCGUGUCGGGCCGCAGCGCGUCGGAGGCGGACGAGGUUGCUGAGGCUUACGAGGACUUUGAGGGCGAGUUGGACGUUGCUAUGGGGGAGCUGCCGCCCCUCCCGCACUUCGAUCUCGACCUCGAGGCCUGGCCGGCGGACGAUGUGGAGUCGACGGACAUCCAGGACGUCCCGACGGCGCUGGAGUCCGCUAUCGUGCUGUCGUCAUCCUGAAGGGAGGGGAAGUAAGUCGGUGUUGUGUGGAAUUGUCUCGUGUGGUUGUUCUGCCUGUCAUAACCUGGGGCGGGGCCUCGGAGAUGUACCGUGUACUUCGCAGAAUAUGGUCUGCUUGCUGUUAGCCUGCUAUCGAGAAAACGUACCAUCGUAUAAUCCACUUUUCAGUGACUAUAUUUGUAGCCAUAGGUUUUUCAAAGUCGCUUUAUCAGAUGCUUCGCUUUCGCUUGUUGUCAUAUUCACAAAUCAUGCAGAAUCUAACAGAAAUGCUCACUG